AUGUGCAGAGUUUGCGGAAAAAACGCGGCUGGGAACCACUAUUCGGUGAGUGAACCUGCCAGUAUCAAAAUGAACUUUGAGUGCCCUUCAGGUGCCCGCUUGUCACGGCUGCAAGUCCUUCUUCCGACGUGCCAUUCUUCACAAAACCGUGUAUCCCGAGUGUAAAUAUACGAAGAACUGCUUUAAAAAAGUGUCGCGGACAGUCCGUCCCCGGAAGUGUCGUCAGUGCCGUCUUCAAAAGUGCUACAACGUCGGAAUGGUGGCCAUUGUGGCUGUGCCUCGGAAGCAAGACAGUCCGGCCACAAGUUUGGAUGGAGAGCUGCCGGAACUAGUGCGUAGAUCCUCUGAUUAUCCUCAAAAACUAUCAAAAUACUUCCUCGUAGACGAUCUCCUCGCCGCUCACAACACGCGACAACUACGUCUCCGGGAUCAUCGAUAAGCUGCACAACCUUGACAUUCAGACUGACAAGUUCCGCAGAUCCGCCUACAAUCCGCUCUUUGUACCGACUCUGAACGGGAUUCUCGCCUCGCCUGGGAGCCUAAACUUGGCAGAUAAAUACGGGGUUUGAACUGCGACUCUUAUCGGAAUUAGUUUGGAGAUCUUUGAUUUUCAGCCAAUGCCCGGCUGGCCUCUCGCUCAGGACAAGUUCAUCGAGCAGCAAAUGAUGAUAAACGCUGAUAAUUUUUCGGCGUCUGCGGCGGUGCCGGGGAUCAACACGUGAGUCAUCGGGGAGCGGAGUUCAAUUCAGAUUCCGUUCCGUUUUGCAGAAAGGAUUGGCUCAGCUUCGACAUGCUCACCGCCAUCGAGUACGCAAAGGCCUUUCCGUUCUUUCAGCAACUAGACUCUAGCGACAAAGUAUUUUUGCUUAUUGUCACGAUUCUUUUCGCAAAUGAAGAAGUCUCAGGUGCGUCUGACGAAGGCGACAACGUUUAUGAACCUCUCGCUCACCUCCUCCUACUCGUCGUUCCUCUCCAAAAUGGCAGUGCUUCAGAUGCCCGACGGAACCUGCAUUUCCGGGCCAGCAGGACAGUAUGGAUCUCUUCUCUCGUUUCUUUCUCUCUCUCUCCCUUUUUCUUUCGCACUUUCUUGGCAACCUCUCUAGACCGUCCGGCUCUUUUCAGGAGUGAACGUGAAAUCCGUGCCUUCGAACGACGACUCAGCCUUCGGAUCAUGGCUCCACUCAUCCGAAACGUCUUCGACAAGACCGAAUACGUUCUUCUAAAAGCUAUAAUCCUGUGCAAUAAUGGUAUGAUUUCAAGAAGUGAGUACACUGACAUAAAUUUUCUUCCAGCGGUGUCUGAUCUAUCGCCCAGGGCGCAGAACAUUGUGUGCCGCGAACGACACAACUUCACCUCUGCACUUCUGCUCUAUUGUCUCUCAGUUCACGGCUCCCAUUCGGGGCCCGCCAGAUACUACAGUAUACUCAACAUGGUAGACGUGCUCGAGCACCAUCAAAGAGACUUUCGCGACUUUAUGCUCCUGCUAGACAUGUCCGUGCCCACUAGAUAUGCGCAACAUCGAAAGGUUUUGCGGCAAGAAAUUUUGGGCGUGUGACAUACCCUCAGUAUUAUUUCUCAAUUUUUCUUCCUUCUCAGUUUCCUGUGAUCUCUUGUGUAUGCAUAUUUGGUCUUCUAGUCAAGAAUGGCUGUUUGCUUGAAAUCACAAUUAUCAUUCUUAUUAAUAAAAGUCUUCACGGGUUUGUCCCUCUGUUGGUUUGUUUGUUUAUUUCUCAGUUUGUUCGUCCCCACUCCAUUUCUAAAACGAAAAAAUUCUGACGGAGAAAUUAACUACUUUCGAGCGUGAGCUCAGCCCGUUCAGCGGCUCACGUGGGAUCAGGAAACCGCACAAUCACCUGCUGAAUUCGAAACACCUUCUGUUUAACGCAACCUAAAUCCGAUCUCUCGGAUCAUUUUCUACGUUGUUUCAUUUAUUUGGUCCACAUGGAACGUGAUCUCUCGUGCCUCGCCCGAAUCCAAAUCUAAUUUCAGUCAAUCAAGUAGCCUCGAUUAGUCGUGAUGAGUACUGUAGAUUUGAAGGAGCAGCAAGGAAUUGUUCAAAGUCGUUUCAAGACCCGUGCGGCGGCAAAAAUUGGCGACCUUCAAAUUUAAAUUUUAAAAUCUAAUUGCUUUCCGAAAUUUCCUUGAGUCUCGUUUCUUGCGCGGCUGUUUGUCGGAUAAGUUUUUCCUCAGUUACUAGUUGACAUCCGUUUCGCAAAAUUGAAAUUUUUGUUUUGUGUCGUUUCUUCGUAAAAAUGGGCUAAAUUUCGUGUUCAGAUCGAUAUGGACGAGUGCCUGAAAAUGCUCACCUUCAUCGCCGCCCACCAGCAAUCCGUGGAAAAAAAUGCCGCACAGGUUAGUUGCGAUAGUUCGCUUUUGUGGUCAUGUUUCUUGUUUCAGGUCUACAAUGAAUGUCUUCUGGAAGGAUUCAGAAGACAAUCAAUGUACAUGCCGUGCCCGCAUCCCCUCCAGAUGCCAAUGCCUUCGUACGGUUACGCAGAGCACACCAAUCUGGGCCCGGAAAUUGCUCGGUUCAUGUCGCCGAGUCCACAAGUGAGCGGAUUUCAGCCAGAUUCCCUCAGAAAAGGUUUAUUUUCAGGCGACGAUUCACGAACACAGUGCCAGGAGCAGUCCUCUCGCGUUUGGCACCCAGUCAAUCCCUGCGAUCCCUUUCGGCUCGUUCAGUUGCACAAAUUCUCCGCUCGACAGAUCGAACGGCGUGGGACCUCCUCCGCUUUUCUGGAACAUUCCGCCAAUGGAGCAGAGGCGCGCAAUGUCUUUGGUGAGUUCUCUUUCCAAAAACGACCAAGAAUGUACUUUGUUCAGCCGGUUUUGCCGAUUCCCAUGUCCGACAGACCAUCGUUACUGGUCACAUCGCCCACUUCGGAAUACAGCACAACGUGCUCAUCCCCUGAAUUUGUCUCCAAUCCGUCUCCAAUCACUCGGCCACUGACGCAAUUUCCACUCGGUCAUGUCACGGAUUCUGACGAAGAAAAGCAGACGCCGAAAAACCGCAGAAAACGGAGAAAUUCGGCGAGUCAGAAGGAUAAUCAGACGACAAAGCGAGCGAAGAAGGUCAAAGAGUCGAAGACGUCAGGAACCAGCGAAACGGACACAACUGAAUCGGACGGGAGCCCAUGGUCGUCUCCGAUAAUACAAAACGAGGAAAGUCCGAAGCCGAUGGACGUGAAUCUGAAGGACAACGUGCUCCGCUGGCAACAAGGCGGCCGAAAGAUCACGCUGAAGAUGAUGAAAUAA